AUGUCUGACCUGACACCCCAAAGCGAUGUCCCCACCCCCACCACCGACAAAAUCACACAGGCUGCCCGCGAGACCAUUUACCUCUGCAACUUCCGCGUGUCAGUGGAUGGAGAAUGGCUGUGUCUUCGAGAGCUCAACGACAUCUCUCUCACGCCCGACCCUGAGCCGGCACACGAAGAUCCUAAGGAUCCCAUUGCCAUUGAGCGUCUGAACCUGAUGAACAUGGCGAAGCUGAGUAUAAAGGGCCUGAUCGAGUCGGCGCUGAAUUUGGGCCGCACGCUGGACUCGGACUACGCUCCGCUGCAGCAGUUCUUUGUGGUGAUGGAGCAUUGCCUGAAACACGGGCUGAAAACUAAGAAGACAUUCCUGGGGCAGAAUAAGUCUUUCUGGGGGCCACUGGAGCUGGUGGAGAAACUAAGUCCAGAGGCCGGGGAAAUCACAGCCAGUGUCAAAGACUUGCCUGGCCUUAAAACCCCAUUGGGCAGAGGAAGAGCUUGGUUGAGACUGGCACUGAUGCAGAAGAAACUGUCUGACUACAUGAAGACCAUCAUCAAUAGAAAAGACUUGUUAAGCGAGUUCUACGAGCCCAACGCUCUUAUGAUGGAGGAAGAAGGAGCAGUGAUCGCUGGCCUGCUGGUGGGACUAAAUGUAAUUGAUGCAAACCUGUGUAUGAAGGGAGAGGACUUAGACUCACAGGUGGGUGUGAUCGAUUUCUCCAUGUAUUUGAAGGAUGGUGGACACAGCAGCAAGAGCACAGAGGGGGAUGGACAGAUCACAGCGAUUCUUGACCAGAAGAAUUAUGUGGAGGAACUGAACAGACAUUUAAGUGCUUCAGUGAAUAACCUCCAGGCCAAGGUUGAUGUGCUGGAGAAGUCUAACACUAAACUAACAGAGGAGCUGGCCGUGGCCAAUAACAGGAUCAUAACUCUACAGGAGGAUCUGGAGAGGGUAAAGGAGGAGAGCUCUUUUCUUGUGGAGUCCAGUCGUAAGGCUUCAAGAGCAGACGGAGCAGCUGACGGACAUGUUUUAGGAGAGACACGCAAACAACUCAAAGAGGAAACACAGCUUAGACUGGACGUGGAGAAGGAGCUGGAGGUGCAGAUUGGGAUGAAGCAGGAGAUGGAGCUGUCUAUGAAGAUGCUGGAGAAAGACAUCUGUGAGAAACAUGAUGCACUGGUGGAGCUGAGACAGCAGCUAGAGGAACUGCGCACACUCAACACUGAGCUCUCUCACAAGUCACAGAGCUCAGAGGCCAGUGCCAGACAAAAGACUGAAAUCAUAGGUCGCUUGGAGGAGAAGACAAACCAGAUGGCUAACACCAUUAAACAGCUGGAGAACAGAUCCAGACAGGCCGAGCGGGAGAGGGAUGAAGCCAAGGAGGCCAACCGUCUCUUUAAGCAGGAAUUUGGAGACAAGAUUGGCAGUCUGCAGGAGGAGGUGGAGCUACUGAGAAAACAAAGGUCCGUGCUGGAGCAGGAGCUGAGGAAGGAGAGGGAGCGUAGGGGAGUUCCCCACUCAGAGACAGUGUUGGGGAAGAGCCCUCUAGCACAGACAGAUGUGACACAGCAUGUGGAGGACAUGAAGAAGGAGUUGGAGUCUGUGAGAAAUGAGAGUGACUCACUAUGUGGUGUGCAGGGGGAUAAAGGCAGUAUGAGCUCCAGUCUGUCGCUGUCACAUGAGGAAGAACAGGACCACUCCCUUUUUGAGGACAUUCAGCCUUCUCUCUGUCCCAUGUGUGAACAUGAGGACUCUCUGACCAGGAUAAAGAAGCAGUGUAAGAAUUGCCAGGGGACCUUCUGUGACAGCUGUGUGGCCAAUGAGCUUCCACUGCCCUCCUCCAUUAACCCUGAGCACGUCUGUGAUGCCUGUUACUCCCAGUUACUGCAGCAGUAUGCCUCCAGCCCAUCCUGAGGGGGGCGCUCUCUCUCCCCAGACUCACACAGCAGCUCUCCGCUCAGGCCCGGCUGGUCUGCGCAGGCACCUAUGACUGAAUGGACCAGCAAAUAACGGACCUGAGCAUUGUUCAGCUUUACAAACACUGGACUCUACACUUAACACGCCGUAUCACACAAACCAGGCCACUGAGGUCUUUUACACCCACUGUCCUCGAUCUUCUCAGACAGGGAGUGGAAUCACUUUAAAACACGCUGAAACACCCUCAGUGCGUCUAAACAGACUGGAUUUUCUGUAUGUUUUUAGAUUCUAAUCAGAAGGGAAGCUUUUAACUGCUUUUUUUUGUGAAACAUAGAUGUGUUCAUCUGUGCAUUGAAAUCAGAAUUAGAAGAUGGUUCUAUGAAGCUGUCCACUGAGUGGAUGUUUGGAUGUCUUUGCUCUCUAAACUCUGCAUGAAGUGUGUAUUUAGUUUCCUGCAGAGUUGACUUAUCUUUCCCAGUCACUGUUACUACAAUAACACAUGCUUUCUAUCACAAGCUUGAUUUUGCCUCAGUUAUGAAAAGGGUUUUUAUUCAUUUUUUCUAAAUAGAAAAACAGUGUUUUCAUGGUUAGAAAACGGUGUUAAAUUGGUGUGACUGAUCACCCUACAGUUUGCCUUAUCUGAAUCCUGAACCAGAGUUAUCACAUAAAUAGAACUGAA